GGAACACUUGCUUGAAUAAAAUGAAGCCAGUCAAUUCCCUCUCCAUCAGACAUUGAAAAAUAUUUAGUUGAUCUUUUGCACCAUUGAUGAAUUUGAAACAAUGAGGAUGAACUAUCAUGUCAUCUUCUUCAGUAUUGCCAUCCUCCUACACCCGAUAUAUUGCAAGGGGCAAUCCGAUCCAUGCCAGACUUCUGGCAGAUGUGGGGAGUUUGGUGUCUGCGACUCACGAGGCUCACCGGUUUGUACUUGUCCAAGAGGAUUCCAGCCCCUUGAUGCUGGCAAUGAGAGCAGUGGCUGCGCGAGGAGGGCCACCUUGGAUUGUGAAGGGGGGAAGGCUGAUGGAUUUUUGACUCUUCAGAUAUUGACUUUGUCGAGCCAAUCAGACCUGUGGCUGGGCUCGCAGGCCGACUGCGAGGUCCGGUGCCUCACCAACUGCUCAUGCCUCGCCUACGGCUUCUACGGCCUGGCUGGCUGCAGAUUCUAUACACACCCGUUGAUCGACCUUGUCAAAUUCUCAAGUGGCUCCAAUGUCAAUAUUCGCGUUUCUAAAUCUGUGCUAGAAAGCAAACAGGACUCCAAGAAGAUCAUAGCAAUAGUUGUUGCUGUUGUUGGAUUUUUUGUCAUAUGCACUUGCACAUAUUUUUGUUGGAAAUGGAUGGACAAGGGAAGAGGCAAAAGAGAAAGCAUUCAACUUGGAGCAAUUAAUAGGAGUUUUGAAGAUGAAUUAAGUGAGGGUAAUCUUGAAGAGUUACCUUUGUUUAAGAUGGAGAUGCUAGCAAAUGCCACCAGCAAUUUUUCCGAAGCUAACAAGCUAGGGAGGGGUGGUUUUGGCCCUGUUUAUAAGGGAGAAAUGGCGGAUGGUACAAAAAUCGCGGUGAAGAUGCUGUCGCAGGCAUCUCGACAGGGGAUGAAAGAGUUUGUGAAUGAAGUAGUGCUCAUCUCCAAACUUCAGCACAGAAAUCUUGUUAGGCUACUUGGGUGCUGUGUGGAGAGCAAUCAUACAAUGUUGGUGUAUGAAUACAUGCCUAAUAAGAGUUUGGACUUUUUCCUAUUUGAUUCAUCCCAAGAGAUCCUUGAUUGGAGCAAGCGUUUCAACAUCAUAUGUGGUGUAUCUCGAGGCAUGCUCUAUCUUCACAGAGAUUCGAGACUGAAGAUAAUCCAUCGAGACCUCAAACCCAGCAACAUAUUGUUGGAUGAUGAUUGGAACCCCAAGAUAUCAGACUUUGGCAUGGCAAGAAUAUUAGGAAGCACACAAGAUCAUGUCCAGACUGUAAGAGUGGUAGGAACAUACGGAUACAUGGCUCCUGAGUACGCAUUAGAGGGACGAUUCUCAGAGAAAUCAGAUGUUUUCAGCUUUGGAGUGGUGCUGCUGGAGAUUGCUACAGGUACACGGAACAUAAGCUUCGAAGAAGAAGGCUCCCUCAGCCUCUUAGGACAUGUGUGGAAGUUGUGGAAUGUGGGAAGCAUUGAGAGUUUGGUAGAUAGGAGAGUGUGGGGUGUGAGAGAGAAGGCGGAGGCGAUGAGGUGCAUCCAUAUCGGUUUGUUGUGCGUUCAAGAGCUGCCGGAAGAUAGGCCAUCUACUUCGGCUGUGGAGUCGAUGCUAAGCACUGAGAUUGGGAAGCUUCCCGAGCCAAAGCAACCCGCGUUUGUUGUCAAGUCGAGCUUUUCUGAGACAGGAAGGACUUCUUCCCAGCACAACAGUUUGUCUCGCAAUAAUGUCUCUCUAACCGUAGUUGUGGGACGUUGAUUCUAUACAUUAUUUACUAUAUAUUACAACGAUUUAGCACAUAUACACAUUAUUUAUGAUUGAUUGCAGCAGCAGAUCAAAUGUUGAUUUUAAUUAUUUAUGAUUGAUUGCAGCAGCACAAAUGUUGUU